AUGGCAAAAAUACUCAGUAUGAUCAUCAACAACAGAAUCACCAAAUAUCUCGAAACAAACAACAUCAUACAUCCAAAUCAAGCAGGUUUUCGAAGCAAGCAUCGAACAACAGACCAUAUACAUGUAUUAACUUUACACACAGUCAUCAAGAAAUACCAAACACAAAAGAAAAGGAUUUACUGCUGUUUUGUCAAUCUUAAGAAAUGUUUCGAUACCAUCUGGAGAACAGCACUACAAUAUAAACUACUCAACAACAACAUCAAUGGCAAAGUAUAUAAUAUUAUAAAAUCAAUGUACACCAACAUGGAUUUUAUAGUAAAGUUAAACGAUGUCACCUCACCACACUUCAAAUUACACAAUGGAGUGAAACAAGGCUGCCCUCUAAGCCCAACUUUAUAUAACAUCUACAUGAAUGACUUCACAAAUGAUCUAAAUGAGCUACAAAUGUCAGCACCCGAACUUAGUGGGAAAAAAAUCAACUGUCUUCAAUACGCAGAUGACAUUGCUAUACUGUCAACAACAAGUAGUGGACUGCAGAAAGCACUAGAUUUUUUACACAGCUACACAACUAACUGGGGUCUGCAAAAUAACACCAAAAAGACACAAAGUCAUCUUUAG